CUGACGAACUGUUCUCAAAACCUACGCAGCACGGCUCAUUCUUAUUUUAUCAAAAGCCCCUCGAUGUUGUUGAUGUUGUUGUUUUGACGAAAUUGUGCUUGCCGCUGUCUGGAUUCAGCAGCGUUGCGCACCGGCAGGAAGGGCUUGUUACCGCUUGUCGUUGUAGUUGUUGUAGUUCUUGUUGCCUGGAGAUAGACGAUCUACUUCAGCCACGAUGUUCAGGGAUAAGGCCUUGCCCACCAUGCUGGUUGUGAGCACACCUUCGCAGGAUUUGGCGCUCACCAAUUGUGCAUUCUGCUCGCGCGGCCAAUUCGCGCAGUUCAAACUACCCAGAGCGGACUAUGGCAUGUGCCGUGUAGGCGAUCAGCUUGUUUUCAAAGUGCUUCCGCAUGAUUCCAUCCAAGACGGUACUCUCGCUCUCAAUGCCAUCCAACGGCGUUGUUUGAAGGUCUCAAACGGGGACAAUGUCUCUGUCGAAAGAUAUGCGCUCCCAUCAUCCAAGUUCGGUUUGGUGAUGAUCCAAGCCGAGCUGGAUUUCGUGUCGAAAGGCAAGAAACAGGAGACGGUUGAUGCAACUAUCAUCUCUAAGGAGCUUACAAAACGGUUCUCCGGCCAGGUCUUGACGAUCAACCAGAAGGUCUCUUUCGAGUACCUGGGUACCAACUUCACGUUCAAUGUCGUCACGGUGCUAGUGGAGGGCCGUCGUGAAGGAGAAGGGAGCGCGGGUCUUUUGACCGAAGAUACCGUUUGGCAGUUUGAAACGCCUGCUAAUUCCGGCAUCAAGAUAGUGAACCAAAAGGGGGGACGAACCACCAACCUGUUCAAGACGAAGGAAUUUAAUUUUCAAAAGUUGGGGAUCGGUGGAUUGGAUGCGGAGUUUGGCGACAUUUUUCGGCGAGCGUUUGCAUCCAGAGUUUUCCCGCCCCAUGUGAUUUCGAAGUUGGGAAUUCCACACGUGAAAGGAAUCUUGCUCUUUGGUCCUCCCGGCACUGGAAAGACCCUGAUUGCGCGGCAGAUUGGAAAGUUACUGAAUGGGCGUGAACCCAAGGUUGUGAAUGGCCCUGAGGUUCUUAGCAAGUUUGUUGGCGAAACCGAGAAGAAUGUGCGAGACCUAUUUGCGGAUGCCGAGGCCGAGCAAAAGUCGCGAGGUGAUGAAAGUGAUCUGCAUAUUAUUAUCUUCGAUGAACUGGAUGCGAUAUGUAAGGCUCGAGGCUCCACCCGAGACGGGACAGGUGUUCACGACAGUAUUGUGAAUCAACUUCUCACAAAGAUUGAUGGUGUCGAGGCUCUAAACAACAUAUUGCUGAUCGGUAUGACUAACAGGAAGGACCUUCUUGAUGAGGCGCUACUCCGGCCAGGACGUAUGGAGGUCCAAAUUGAAAUCGGGUUGCCAGACGAGAAUGGUCGCGUUCAGAUUUUGAACAUACACUCUAACAAGAUGAAAGAGAACUCUUUUUUGGGUGCUGACGUAGAUCUGCAAGAACUUGCGUCCAGGACCAAGAACUUCAGCGGAGCAGAAUUGGAAGGUCUGGUGAAGAGUGCAACCUCUUUUGCUCUAAACAGGCAAGUGAAUUUAACGGAUCUUUCAAAACCACUCGACGAGGAUAAUAUCAAAGUGACAAUGGACGACUUUUUGAAAGCUCUUGAUGAAGUGAAACCUGCAUUUGGUGCAGCUAUCAAUACGCUGGAACUGUGCAGGCCGGGCGGCAUGCUGCCGUGCGGUGAAUUCCACAAGCACAUUUUGAAAACAGGAAGAACGCUUGUGGAGCAAGUAAAGAAAAGUGAUCGCACACCCCUCAUGACAUGUAUUCUGGAAGGACCUUCUAGCACGGGGAAAACAGCGCUUGCUGCAACUAUCGCCAUUGCAAGUGGGUUUCCGUUCAUUAAGAUUGUUUCUGCAGAGAACAUGAUUGGUUUGCAAGAGCCUACGAAAGUUGCCAUGAUUGCCAAGGUGUUCGAGGAUGCUUACAAGUCUCCCUUAAGUAUCAUCAUCCUAGAUAACAUUGAAAGGUUGAUUGAAUACGUCAGAAUCGGUCCUCGUUUCUCGAACCUUAUUUUGCAGACACUUCUUGUUCUAUUGAAAAGGAAUCCUCCCAAAGGCAAAAAGCUCUUCGUCAUUGGGACCACUAGUGAGAAAGAUAUUCUUGAGUCGAUGGGUUUGUUGGAAUCUUUUAACGUGGAUCUGGUCGUUCCCAGGUUGAGAUUGAACGACAUGAGGGAGAUUUUGCAAGCUCAAGAUGUUUUCGAUCCCGAAGAUAUUGAUACUGCUUUGGAAGCACUUGGUCCAGAGAUGCCAAUCAAGAGACUAUUGAUGUUGAUUGAAAUGGCCGUACAAGGCAAGGCAGGCGAAGAUGCAGUUUCCAUACGUCGGGGCCACAAAAGGAUAGACAUUGACCACUUCUUUGAUUGCCUGCGGGACAUUGGGCCUUAUGCUCAAUUCUAGAAAGUGCUGUCAGACUUUCAGUAGCCUCAAAGUAACAAUUUGGGAGUUUUCCUCUUAACUAGGCUUCUCCGUGCAUUGUUAACAGUGGUGAUAUAUUUCUCAUGUUUGUGGCCUACUUUUUGUUUUGUAGAUAUUUAUGUGCAUGUGUUAACAUCAAUAUUUGUCUACUUCUCCUCGGGCCGGACGGAUUUGGCCGAAGAA